UCUUCCAACGGUGAUCGAGGUCGUCAACGUGUUCGUUCACAUUCGCGUCCCCGUUCCUAUUCUCGUAGUAGAACACGUAGUCGAAGUGCCACCAAGCGUUCACGUACUUCUAAAAGACAUAGACGUCGUUCAUUCUCCCGAAGUUCCUCAAGUCGAAGUCUUUCCAGGAGUAGAGAUAGAAAGAGGAGGUCAAAAAGCCCUAUUCGUGAUAGAAGUCGUGGAAGAAGAAGAGUUAGCCGAACCUGAUCCUAGCCACGUAUUAGGAGUCUUCAAUCUAAGUCUUAGAACCACAGAGAAAGACUUACAAGCUAUCUUCGAACGUUACGGACGAGUUAAGCAAGUUACUAUUGUUUAUGAUCAUCGGAGCGACCGUUCCCGUGGGUUUGGAUUUGUUUACAUGAAUUCAGUUGAAGAGGCAUCAGUUGCUAAAGAAAAAACUAACGGAAUGGAAAUUAAUGGUCGAAAUAUGCGUGUAGAUUAUUCACUGACCCAGAGGCCGCAUACGCCCACUCCGGGAGAAUAUAUGGGAGACAGACCGCGUUAUCGUGGCAACACCGUUAUAGAAGGAGAACGCCUUCACGUUCCAGGAGCCGAAGCUGGUCAAGGGACAGAAGGAGAUCGCGCAGUCGUAGUUAUUCAUAUCGAAGAAGAUCUUAUAGUCGUUCUAGAAAAUCUCGAAGCUAUUCUCGUUGAAUUGGUUAGUGUGAAAAUAUAUUGUAUAAAGUGA